GCUAUGGGGCGAGUGGGAUCUAUGGGGCACAGUCGCUAUGGGGCGAGUGGGAUCUAUGGGGCACGGCUGUUAUGGGGCGAGUGGCAUCUAUGGGGCGUGGACACUAUGGGGCGCGGUCGCUAUGGGGCGCGGUCGCUAUGGGGCGAGCGCGCCCCAUAAGUGUGGGUCGGCGCAGGGGCCUGGACAACGCGGGGAAGACGACGCUGCUGAAGCGUUUCAAUGGGGAGGACGUGAGCGGCACCGCCCCCACGCUGGGGUUCAACAUCAAAACCCUGCAGCACCGCGGGUUCACGCUGAACGUGUGGGACGUGGGCGGGCAGAGCUCGCUGCGCUCCUAUUGGCGGAAUUACUUCGAGAGCACGGACGGGGUCGUGUGGGUCGUGGACAGCGGAGACCGGCAGCGCCUGCAGCUCUGCGCCAAGGAACUGCGAGCGCUGCUCAGGGAGGAGGUGUGGGGCAAACCGGAACCGUGGGACUGGAACCGUGGGACCGGAACCAGAACCAGAACCGUGGGACUGGAUCUGGAACCGUGGGACCGGAACCGUGGGACUGGAACUGGAACCGUGGGACUGGAACCAUGGGAGCGGAACCAGAACCGGAACUGGAACUACCCCCAUGGAACCGGAACCAUGGGACCGGAACCGGAACCGUGGGACCGGGACCAGAACCGUGGGACUGGAACCAUGGGACUGGAACCGGAACCGUGGGACCGGAACCGGAACCAGAACCGUGGGACCGGAACCAUGGGAGUGGAACCAGAACUGGAACUGGAACUACUCCCUUAG